AUGCAACAGCUUCGCAAUUUGGCUUCUAACCCCCAUGGCCUUGCCGCACCAACUCCUGCACCCACCACGUCGACUGGCGCGGAAGCGCUGCCAGAACGUGGAAGCGCACUCAAGCCGCAGAAACCGGAGUCGUUCGACCCAAGUCAACGCGACGCGAACGUGCGGACGUGGCUCUUCAUGCUCAACAACUACUUCGCCGCGAGCGGGGUGCAAGAGGCGGACGCGCAGCAGCGGAUCGAGUACGCCGUAACGCUGCUGAGGGGCCCGGCCUUGGAGUGGUGGCGCCAACUUACGCAGACUGCUGUACGGAGGGCUCAGUUAGACGGGCAUCAACAGGGCGUGGGGCAUGCAGCUGCAACUUCGAGCUUAGGGAGUCUAGCUUUGGGUGUUACCACGGUUCCGACCACAUGGGAAGGAUUUGAAGCGGCGCUGAAAAGUAGGUUCGAUUUGGUGAACGCCUCCGAAGCUGCUAGGAAGCGUCUGCGUCAUUUCCGACAGAUAGGCAACGUCCAGGAGUACACACGAUGGUUCUUGAGCAUCUGCAACGAAAUAGACGACAUCACGGAAGCAGAGAUGCGCGAUCGCUACCUCGAAGGGUUGAAGCCGGACAUAGCGGAGAUUAUUGCGAUUCACGGGUUGUCCACCUUCGAGUCAGUUGUCGCAGCAGCAGAACGCGUCGACGCAGUACGAAGCCGACGGGGUCGUGACGAUCGCGAUAGGGGAUACAACAGACCGAUCAACGAUGCUCGAUCGAGGGACGGACCAUCGCCCAUGGAGAUUGGUGCAGUUAACAGUGACGGCUCACAGCUUCAAGGAGCGGCAGCAGGGAAACGGAAACCGCCAGUAGAUAGCGGGUCGCUAGCUGGCGUGGAGGUUCCCGUACCCGCCGCGUCUAUCAACGUAGAGAGGACGGCCUUGCAGCAAUCAUCUACGGAGAACGAGGUAGACACUGUUGACCGACCAGUCGUGCUUCUAGGGAAGCUUCGCAAAGUUCUUGUUAAGAUUCUCGUCGAUAGCGGAGCUAGCCACUCGUUCGUUUCGUCUUCAUUAGUUAGCCAUCUCCAACUUGAAGCAGAUUCCUCAGUCAACUUCAAGGACGCACGUAUGAUAGAUGGGACGCCUCUCCACAUAGGACCAGUCAUUCGCAAGUUGCGCGUAGUGCUAGGACCGAUCACAGUUAGGCGUGACUUCGACUCUGCGACGCUGGACGGUUACGAUUUCAUCUUCGGGAGAGAUUGGCUACGGACGGUUAGUACUCAGUUCGAUUGGGCUCAGGGAAGCUGCAGCGUCAAGGUAGAUGGCGAGUUCCGGGAGCUGCCACAGUGGAGCGAUGGGGCCAUAUCACCCACAGCUAUAAUCAAUGCUGUUCGUGUGCGACAUAUGGUGAAGCGCGCAGCACGGAUCUUCGCGGUUUUCCUUGAGGAGGUUGAAGCUGAGGAGGGGAAAGGAGGGAGCGCAGCAGUGGGUGAGAAGGCGACUCUUCCUGCUAAGGUGAGUGCACUGUUAGCAGAGUUUGCAGUCGUCUUCCCUGACGAGUUGCCCCAAGGGUUACCUCCUAGCCGGGCAGUCGACCAUCGAAUAGAGUUGGAGCCGGGGAGCAGGCCAGUAGCGAAGCCGCAGUGGAGGUUGAGUCCAGCAGAGACAGAGGAGAUGACGCGGGAGGUUAGUCACUUUCUCGCACAGGGGUUCAUACAGCCAUCUAGAUCGCCUUGGGCCGCACCGAUCCUUUUCGCGCCUAAGAAAGACGGAGGGUUACGGAUGUGCAUAGACUACCGCGCACUGAACGCCGCCACCGUCAAGAACAGAUUCCCGGUGCCGAGAGUAGAGGAUCUUCUAGAUGCAGUGCAGGGCGCUAGAGUCUUUUCUAAGAUCGACCUUCGUUCGGGUUACCACCAGAUUCGCGUAACGCUUAUGAACACCGUCCUCUCCGAGUUCCUAGGUUCGUUCGUUGUCGUUUACCUAGACGACAUACUCAUCUUUUCCAAGUCGAAAGAGGAGCACGUGCAGCACUUGCAGAGGGUCUUUGAGGUCUUGCGGAGGGAGAAGCUGUACGCGAAGCAGUCGAAGUGCGAGUUCUUUCUCCCCGAGGUCGAGUUCCUAGGACACGUCGUAUCCGCUAGUGGCGUUAGGACCGACCCGAAGAAGAUCGCAGCAGUACAGGAUUGGGUAGCACCGACCUCAGUCAAGGAGUUGCAGAGCUUCCUCACAUUCACCAAUUAUUACCGCCGUUUCGUUCAAGGUUACGCAUCAAUCGCUAGUCAACUCACCGACCUACUUCGGAAAGGCGUAGAGUACGUUUGGGGUCCAGCGCAGCAGCAGGCGUUCGAGCAGAUGAAGCAGUCGCUCACGUCUUCACCGACACUGUCGUACCCUGAUCCCACUCGCCCGUACGUUGUAGUGACCGACGCUUCAGAUCAGGCCAUAGGAGCAGUACUUCUUCAGGACCAGGGACGCGGGUUGCAGCCGAUCGCGUACGAGUCGCGUAAGCUUAGGGGAGCGGAGUUGAAUUAUCCCAUGCAUGACAAGGAGGCGCUCGCGAUCAUUCAUGCGUAUAAGGUGUGGAGGUGGCACCUAGAGGGGGCAGACAGUGUUAUACGCACGGACCACUGCUCGCUUCGCUUUCUCAAGUCGCAACCGCAGCUGAGUCGUCGCCAGGCUAGAUGGAUGGAGUUCAUGGAGGGGAGCUUUCAUUACAGGAUAGAGUACAAGCCAGGCGUGCGCAACCCAGCAGAUCCGCUCACUCGCCCUAGUUGCCAGCUCGCUAGUCUCACAGUCACUGCCGGCCAUCCACUUCUCACAGCACUCUUCGAGCACGGUUACACAGUAGAUCCCGACUUCACAGCAAAUCCGCCCGCAGGGGCAGAGGUGCAGGGUAGUGUCUACAUACGGAAGGUGCAGGACACUUUGGAGCAGAUAAGACGGUUAAGACGCUUAGUCGCACGUACUACUGGCCAGGGCUUGCAGCAGACGUAG